GCCGCUCAGCGGCGGCUCCCGCCUGGACCACCCCUGGGAGGUGCUGCGCGACAAGCCGCAGCGGUGGAGCAUAUUGGUGAAGGCCAGCGCGGCGGCGGGGACUGCGGGUGCGCAGGCGCCCCGCGGCAGCGACCACCACACCGAGGACAGGCGGACCACUGGAAUGCCGCAGUAG